AUGCCUUCAACAUCCUUCAUCAAUCUUUGUGCUCAAGUUUCAUUCAUUUUUAUCAUGACUUUAUGCUCCAAACCAAACUUGUCCAAAGAAUUCAAAGGAGGGGAAAUCAGAAAAUACAAAGGGGAAAAAAGACAUCUCAAAGACAUAAAACUAUACCCCAAAACAUGUUGCUGCCCUGCACUAAAACAGCUCCAAAAUUAUCCUUUGUUUUUUGUCCAAAACCAGUUGCUACAAACCUUGGAAAACAUGCUUCAUGAACCUCCAAAAACCUGUCAAAAAGCCAGCUGCUACUGCUACCCAUGCUAUGUAUCAGUCCAAAUUUACACUAAAUUAGCAAAAACAAAACUACAUCUAAAAGUUACAAGGUCAGCCGACCAUUUUGUUCAAAAGCUAUAA